AUCCCCGGAUGUUGAUGUUCCUGAGGGCUUCUCGCGACCCGUUGUUUUUUUUUUCCCUUGCCUUCCUGUUGCGCGCGCCGGUGUGUGUAUGUGUGUGGAGGGGGGGGGAAAAGAAUUGUCACCCUCACGCCCCGCGGUCGCCUCAGGCGGUCAAGGCAGAAAUGGCCUUCUUCUACAACAUGUAAAGUUUUAUUAUGGUGGCUGGAUCUGAACCUGCCAUGGCAUCAGAACUCUGCAAAACCAUAUCAGAGGCAAAGCUAGAAAGGCACAAGAACUUAUUCUUAAACUACCGGAAUCUGCAUCAGUUUCCUUUAGAACUACUGAAGGAUGAAGGUCUGCAGUACUUGGAGAGACUAUAUAUGAAAAGAAAUUCAUUGACCACCUUGCCUGAAAACCUUGCCCAGAAACUUCCAAACCUUGUGGAGCUGUACCUCCAUUCAAACAAUAUUGUUGUCGUACCUGAAGCAAUUGGGUCCCUGGUUAAACUCCAGUUUCUGGACUUGAGUGACAAUGCCCUUGAAAUCGUUUGCCCAGAGAUUGGCCGUUUGAGAUCUUUGCGCCACCUUCGAUUGGCCAAUAAUCAGCUGAAAUACUUGCCAGCAGAGGUUGGAGAUCUUCGAGAGCUACAAACACUGGACAUUUCAACCAAUCAUUUGAUAACAUUGCCCGAAAGGUUACAUAUGUGCCUCUCCCUUCAGUACCUAACUGUGGAUAGGAAUCAUCUGUGGUAUGUCCCUCGUCACCUUUGCCAGCUUCCAAGUCUCAAUGAAUUGUCCAUGGCUGGAAACCGUCUUGCGUUCUUGCCACUUGAUUUAGGUCGUUCCCGAGAACUGCAGUAUGUUUAUGUGGAUAACAAUGUUCACCUCAAAGGGCUUCCCUCGUACCUUUAUAAUAAAGUCAUUGGUUGUAGUGGCUGUGGUUCCCCUGUCCUCAAAUCGGAGGUGAAGCUUCUUUCCUUUUCAUCGGGGCACUUGACGAUUUUCCUCCCAGCAGAGGUGAAGUCAAUAGGAACGGAGCUGGACCAUGUGCUUCCCUUGCAAGAGAUGGCCAUGCGGACCCUGCAUUGCACGUACAGCAGGUUUUUAAAAGGUGUGAAGUUCCUGACUCCCAUUUCAUUACCCAGAAGUCUCUUGGAAUUGCUGCAUUGCCCUCUGGGACAUUGUCACCGCUGUAGCCAGCCCAUGUUUACUAUCGUCUACCCAAAGCUCUUUCCCUUGAGGGAGACACCGAUGGCAGGAUUGCACCAGGGUUCCAGGAGGACAGCUGUUAGUUUUGUGGCAUACUGCUGCUCCACCCAGUGUCUGCAGACGUUUGACCUAUUGAGUUGAUAAAUACUUAAAGCUGUUCAGGAGCUGUGCCAGUUUAAAGCUGCAUUAAACAGUGUCUCCUGAUGGCGCUGGAAUACUGUGAGCGUGUGUGUGCCAAAGCAGCAGGAGGAGUGCCCAGCUCGGAACAUGGAGAACCGCUUGAAUCCUGUGCCCCUAUCAAAUUUGGAUCAAAAGAAGGAACUCUCUUGGAAGCGGUUGAUGCUCAAGCUUCGGGAAAAUGUCAACACCUUUCUAUUCCUCCCUAGGCAGAAUGUGAACCAAACAAAACAUGCAAGCAAAUGAACCUCCAGGACGCUCUUGUGUCUUGCAUGUACAAUUCUAGUCACAUUCAUAUUUUGUUCAAAGCUGUUUCACUCAUUUGGACAAUAUAAACUCGUGUUUUUAAUAAGACAUUUGCAAAACUUGUAAUUUCCUUUCUGUUUCCUUAUUUGGCUGCAUUCUGUGAACUUUUUAAGAACAGCCAUUUAAGGUGACAGUGAGAUCCCUCUUUCCACAAUUUUCCAUUCAGGAUAAAAUGUAUUCUUCAUCCCCAACUGAUAUUUUGACAUUAGUGACAAUUACAAAUCUACUUUUGGAAAAACGUUCUUUCUAAAGACUAUUUUCUGAAGUUUGCCUGCAAAAUUCGGUAGGUAGACAACGUUUGAAAUUUACCUUCUCUGUGAAGUUGAAGCCUUCAGUUGCUGGAAGCACUGCAAGAAGCCACAGAAAAUGGAUGUCUGACUUACUGGUGAAUUAUUUUUGGGCUGACAUCCUGUAUUGCUGCAAAGGCAAAUAAGGGUUUUCAAAAAUGAAAAAGUUCAUUAUUGAUAGUACUUCUUGUAAGAUGCAAAAUGUCAUGGUUACCUGGAUAUAGCUUCAGUCCGGGGGGAGCAGGGAGGCCACAAAAGGGAGAAAGGACAAACUUACUUUUUGUAGGUCUUUCAUUUAAAAGGCUGUGGUAGCAUUUUAGUGCCCAACAAGGACUUCACAAACAUGACAGCUCUGAGGGUUGUUUCUUGGAAUCUUUAAUUGCAGUUAUGAGCACAAAAGCCAGCAGGAAGUCCAAACUGCAGAGGCAGCCUGCAACUUACUGACUUAACUCCCUUUUUUGAAAGAAAAUAAAAGUACAACCUAACUUAGGUAUUUUACAAAUAACUUGUUUACACUUAAAGAAGGGUUGCAAGUUUUGACACAAAUUUCCUUCCUUCCUUCCUUCCUUCCUUCCUUCCUUCCUUCCUUCCUUCCUUCCUUCCUCUCUCUCUCUCUCUCUUUCUUUCUUUCUUUCUUGUUGAGUUAGCCACUUGAAAUGUCAAUACUGUAUACUAUUACAGUGGCAUGUAGGAUGAGAAACACUUCCAUGCCUUCCUAGAUGUGGUUAUGGUGGUGGUUAGAGAUGGGCACGAACCAAUAGUUUGUGUCAGUUUGUCCAUCAUUCCAACAUACGUUCUGUGGUUCCAAGCCAUGCCUGCUCCAGUGAUCACCUGCUCAAAGACAGUACCCUGGCUUCUCUGCCCUGUCUCCUCUGGGAGCUGCCUCUGAGCAGGUGGCUGCCAGAGGAGGUGGAGCUCAGAAUGGUGGAACACCUGUUGGACCAGUGGAUGAACUGGCAUGAAUUGGUGGUUCAUGCCCAUCUAUAAUGGUGGCUGUAGGAGGUACACACAGAUAUGGUAAUAGAAAAGGAAGAUAAUUUCAAUGUGUUGUGCAGAAACAAAUGUCUGCAUGGAUCCUCUUUACUAAAUAAAUCAGCCCUCUAGUAUUCAGUGUAAGAGUUAUUUUUCAAUGCAAAAGGUGUUUCAGAACAAGAAUGAGGUGGUAGAAUUCUGCAUAAAGAGACUUCAGAGUGAAGGCUGUAUAUUUUUGAGAAAGUCAUUGAAUGUAAGAAGCUAGCACACCAGUAAUGGAGCUCUUUACCCUGAUAUACAUGGGGAAACAGCUCUUUAUAUGUGGGAGCAGCCAAAAUUGUAAGCCUCCAUCUGCAUUGUGGAGUGAAUCCUGUUGAGAAUUCUUCGGAGCUGGGCUCCACGUAACAGCUGUUCAUCGGAUAGGUCUCUGAGAAUUCUUUUCCAGGUAGGUACUUUACUGUUUGAGAGUUAGGGUGGAAACUAAAAUGUCGGUACGGGCAACUUCUAAGAGCCUAAGGACCAUUUCUGCCCUCCUUUGGAUGGCUGAGCCCCAUCCCAAAAGACCUUUGUAUAAAUUUCCCCUCAAGGCAGGUCACCCCACCACAGAAGAUGGGGUAGCAGUCUUACUUCCAAAGAUAAUUUCACAUCCUUGAGACCCUGAAAGUCUUGUUAGAAGCAGAAACAGAAGAUGAUCAUCAUCAUCAUCUUUUCCUCCUCCUCGAGGCCUUUAAAGACCUGAAACAGGUCCUAAAGUUGAGGGGACGGGGGACUGUGUCUGUAGCUGUUCCUGUUGAGAAAGUUAACAGGAGAGGAUCACAACAUGUAAGCAACCUGCCUCUGUCUGGGCAUUUGUGCUGCUAGUUUUAAACGUGUCAUGAUUUGAAUCUUGGCUUUCGCUGCAGUUCCCUUUAAGUGCACCUACCCCAGAAUAAAAAC